AUGCUAUCCACACCAUUGCUCUUCAAACGUGCCCUGAGCCGUUCUUAUCAGCUUGGUCACGUUUCAAUCAGAUCCAUUGCUACACUUCCACGAGCCAUCACUGAAAUCACGCAUCCUGACAACCAGGUGUCUCAAUCCACAUUUGAUACCAUUGACCGCUUGAAGAAAUACACUGUUGCAUUGUACAAUCGCCCCAACAUUGUGUUUGAAUAUGGCAAAGGUUGCUAUCUCUACGACGCCAACGAUCGCGCCUACCUUGAUUUCACUGCCGGUAUCGCUGUCAACGCAUUAGGCCACGCAGACCCCCAAGUGGCGAGAGACCUCUAUGAUCAAGCUCAAAAGCUCGUGCAUUCCAGCAAUCUGUAUCACAAUACACCAGCCAGUCUUUUGGCCGAGAAAUUAGUGGAAACAACACAUUUAUACAGCAAGCAGGAAUGGGCAAACAAAAUCUUUUUGUGUAAUUCUGGUACGGAAGCGAAUGAAGGCGCUCUCAAAUUUGCACGCAAGUGGGGCAAGAUGGUGGGCGGCGAGAAGAAGACCAAGCUUGUGUGUUUCAAGAAUGCAUUCCAUGGUAGAUCGAUGGGCGCCUUAUCGGUAACACCAGUCAAAAAGUAUCAGGAUCCGUGUGCUCCGCUUAUACCAGAUGUGAGUGUAUUGCCUUUCAACAACAUUUACGAAAUCAUGCAUGAAGUGGAUGAAUCGACUGCUGGUGUGAUUGUUGAGCCCAUUCAAGGUGAAGGCGGUGUUCAUGUGGCAGACCGAGAUUUCAUCAAGGCGUUGCGAGAGAGAUGUACUGAGACCAACAGUUUGCUGAUAUUUGACGAGAUUCAGUGCGGCUUGGGUAGAAGCGGAAAGAUGUGGGCACAUCAGUACUAUGACAGCAGCUGUACACCCGACAUACUCACCAUGGCGAAACCUCUGGCGAAUGGUGUGCCUAUUGGCGCACUGAUGACCACCAACAAAGUCGCUGAAGCAAUCAAGAUUGGUGACCAUGGCACUACAUUUGGCGGCAAUCCAUUAUCUGCUACAGUGGCGUUAGGUGUUGUUGAUAGAAUUACCAACCCUCAUUUCCUCAAAAGCGUGGAUGAAGUCAGCCAUGCGAUUAAACGAGAUCUCAAAGCACUGCAAGAUGAGUAUCCCGAAAUUAUCAAGCAAGUGCGCGGAGAGGGUUUGUUGCUCGGCGUAGAGUUUUUCAAGAAUCCUGAGCCCAUGAUCAAGUAUGCAAGAGAAAGAGGAUUGCUGUUGGUGACAGCUGGCAACAAUACAAUUCGCAUUAUUCCUCCUCUUAUUUUGACCAAAGCAGAGGCCAGAGAAGGUAUUGCUCGCUUCUCUGGUGCUAUAGACAAAUUUGCAUCCUCUGUCAGAAAAUAA